GCCGAAUAAAUCGCAAUAUUUAUUUUCCUCAUAACGGCAGGGUUGUGCUAAAAUAAACAAGCACUUGUCGACUAAUUACAUCUCGAACUGUGUUGAUAUUAUUGUAUUUUGGCCAUUCUUCUUGCGGAAAAUAUGUUUAUGUUUAUCCCCCCAUUCCCCCGAUGAUUUCAAUGUGCUAGUUUGCGAGUUUGCGACUAUCAUUUACACAUUCUCGGCUAUAACAUGCCCACACCCCAUGCUCAGACAAUAAGGCGGCCACAUGCUAACUGUGCAGGAUUGAUGGAGCGGAUGAUCGCCGAGCUGUUCCCCUGUGGCGACGAUGAGGAAGCAAGCUUUGGGAACGGUAAUAACAACAGCAGUGGCAAUAACAACAGCAAUGGGGAGACUUCCACUGGUACACCGCUACCCAGCUUUGAGGAGUUUCUCAAGCACAUCUGUCGCCGCACGCGCACGCCACUCACAUGCAUGUGCCUCGCGCUGCUGUACUUGACCAGGCUCCGCGCCAACCAUCCACGCUCGAGGGGAUCGCCGGGGUCUUCAUACAGGCUAGCGCUCUCGUCUCUAUGUGUGGCCACAAAGUACCUGUAUGACGACGCGUACCAUACGUGCUCUUGGGUUCAGGUGUCCUUGGGUCUGUUCAACCAGCGUGAGGUCAACCAGAUGGAGAUGGAGUUCAUGUAUUUUUUAAACUACCAGCUCGGGGUCACGCCCACCGAGUGGAACCAGUGGAUUGCCACGCUCGAGGCCAAGCUUGUCGCCCGCUGGCAGGACAAGGGCAGGGCUGACGUUAUAUACGGCUUUGGGCUGUUUCUGUCUUAUGAAUGCUGCGAGCCAAACGCACAAGAGGCCGUGCGGGAUAUUGCCUGGGGUGAAGGUGGCAAGAGCCUGCUGUCCUUGCUCAACAAUGCCAUUCACUCGUCUGACAGCAGGGCUGAUGGAAAAAGCUCACCGUCCGCGACUCGGCUGUGUCUGACGCGACGUGCUGCCAACCCGGAUCCCAACUCUUGGUUUCGAAUCAAAUCACCUGUGCUUUUAGGAGCGGAAGAGAAUCCAGGGCUAGGGGUUGCAGCGCCAACCUCCGCAUUAGCCGGCUCAAAUUCCAUUACCCCGUCAGCGCGCAGGGCUCUGAAAUGUCUGUGCCCACAGACGAUCGCCAGGUAACAAGCGGGCUGCAGAAACAUACCUUGCGCAACAAUCACUCGCGGCACUCGUAUAUCGAGCUUAAUGACGUGUCUCCAAGCACUCACAAAUAUGCU